AUGUCUCCCCCAAACACUAUAUUCGGCGGCGCCUUAAUUGGAACCAGCUUCACUACCCCGCGAGAAGUUCAAGAGCUUCUCGACCAACUGAAAACCCUCCAAAUCAGCCAUAUCGACACUGCAGCUCGAUAUGCACCCACAAACCCCGGCUCCUCCGAGAGACUUCUAGGCGAGGUACGAGCCGCAGACCAGGGAUUCACCAUCGACACAAAAAUUAGCCCAGGGAAUUCCCCAACUGGCGAUACAUCCGGUACACUCGCGGCGAAUGCCAUCGCCCAUUCCGUCUCCAACAGCUUUGACCGGCUGAAAACGAGCAAAGUCAAUGUGCUCUAUUUCCAUUUUCCGGAUCCCCAGACGCCAGUUGCUGAACAGGCUGGCGGGUUCCUCACCGGCCUCGCAACCCGCGGAGAAGCACAAGGAACGCGCUUCGAUCCCGAGAACAAGAUCUUUAAGGGGACCAAUGCCAUGUAUGACAAGGCGGAGAUGCACGCGGCGGUCUCGGAUCUUUUGGAUACCAUAGAGCCGCUUCAGAUCACAGGGCAUGAAGCUUGCUUGCGGUGGAUUUACUAUCAUUCUGCGCUGCGGGAGGGAGACGGAGUAAUUCUGGGUGCGAGCAAGAUUUCCCAGAUUGUGCAGAAUGUGAGUGAUAUUGCUAAGGGGCCAUUGCCGGAGGUGGUUGUGAUGAAGGUUGAGGAGCUUUGGGAGGUCCUGUGUAGUUGA